AUUUAGCCUUACUUGUUAUGUCUUUGACAGCACCCAGCUCCUGCAGCUAGCGACCACAUUACCUCGACCCGCUCGUAUCAUUCUGCGUCUGUCAAGAAUCAAUGUCUUGAGCUGACUCGGAGCUGUCAUGGUAAUGUGUAUACCAGAGACUGUCGUUUGUUCGCCGCUUUUAUUCUAACUCCAAACCUGGCGGCUCUAGUCGAAGCAAUAUCUUUCCUGCGGUUCCGCAGGCAAUGGUUCCACACCCUACUGACAUUUACGGACUCGCCGUGACCGAUAAGUUCUGCUUAUCGGCAUCUGGCUCCUCUUCGUUGAAAGUCCAUUCGACGGUUGACCCUGACUUCCCACUGGUCCAAUCCCUUGAUGAUGCCCAUAAACUUGGCUGUCAUCAUGUAGUGACCAACGCGAAAGGACUACGGGCAGCUAGCAUUGGGUUCGGGGGUGAGAUCGCGAUAUGGUCCUGCCACGACGGCGUAUGGGCGAAGGAUAGCAUCGCUUCAGUCAAUCAGACUGGGUCUGCAGGCAUCUGGGCAAUCGCCAUGUCUGAGGACGGGCAAUACCUUGCUGGUGUCAGCCAAGAUGGGCACGUCAAGGUCUGGGACCUGAAUGCCAGUGGUGAAGAGAUUCGAGACUACGAAACGAAAGGCAGCUUCGGUACCUGCAUAGAUCUGUCCGCGGAUGGUCGAUUCCUUGCUAGCGGGCAUGAGAAUGGUAGUGUCUACAUCUUCAGCACUGAAACAGGCCGCAUGCCAUUCAGUUUAUCAGGUCUUGUGAAACCCGUUAGAGCGGUUGCUUUCUCACCAGGAGGGAAGUUCCUUGCUGCCGCCGGAGAUUCACAGGUGAUUGUGUUAUAUGACACAUCAUCUGGUGAACCGGUAGCCAAUCUAUCGGGUCAUACAGCAUGGGUUAUGUCUCUUUCAUGGAGCAAUACAGGAGAAUACCUUCUCAGCGGCUCUUUUGAUGGCAAAGUCAAGGUUUGGUCAAUCGACACUAGAGCGUGUGUAGCCACUCAUUCUGAGACCGAGAAAUCCAUAUGGAGUGUGAGAUGGCUGCCGAAGGUCGGGCGGUCGGAAGGCUUCGCCACGGCCGGGGCGAGUCGAAGCAUAUCAUUCUACCGCGAGGCUACAGGUGGUUGAUCUGGUCUCGCGUGUAUGACAGCUUUGACGGAGGCUGAUUGAGGAGUUCAGGCCAAGGGCGGAAUGUUAUCUAUUACCUUUCUGCCGCAGACCCCCCCCCUCUUUUGUCUCUUGCCUAGGU